ACGAGUCUUCAACUCUUCAGUAUAUUUACAAUCAGCUGACAAUUGAUACCAGAUCAAAUUAAUCCGAUUGCUUGCUGUCAUUCGCUGUACAGUAGAAUUUUAUAGGUCAAUCAAGCUCAGUGCAUUACUUGUGCAAAUUUGUGCAUUAUUACGGACGUUUAUGAUGUCGCAAAAUACUUCACUGAGCCUUUUUUAAAGAAAACAAGAAUUUAAAUCGACAUAAUCCUUUUACUUUGAAAUGCGAGUAAGUGAUUAAGUUUCAAUCAGCGUGAUGACGUCGAUGUUUGAUCAGUACGAGCAAGCCUCUCAACGUUCCAAGCAAGUGGUCGCACCACCGAUUCGUCCAGACAUUAGCACAGCGGGAUUCAUCCAAAUGAAGCUGCAGGAGGAUGGACCGAUAUUUACUAAGCAGAAAGUCAACUUUCUGCCGUCCGAUAAAAUUCUUCACUUAUCUGUUAGCAGUAACACAAUUGUUAUUGCUAUGGCCAACAAUAUCCUGCUGCGCAUCGACAUGAGACAACCUGACAAGACUGAAGAAAUUGACAUAUCCAAAUACACCAUGAGCAUGAAAAUGUCUGCUUUGUUUCUGGAUCCGAUGGGUCACCACUUGUUGAUAGCUCUGGUGGCGAAACACGGCGACAACCCUCCUCCGGAACUGCUCUAUUUGCACAGGAAGACGGCAAAACUCAAGCAGGCCGGCAAGUUCAAGGGCCACGAGAUCACCGCAGUAGGGUGGAACUUCUCAAAUACUUCGGAAACAACCUCUGGCCCCAUUCUGCUGGGUACAUCGAAGGGCCUGAUUUUUGAGACAGAAAUUGGAUUGGACACUGACAAGAUUUUUAACACAAGUUUGGAACAAUAUUGGCGUCAGCUUCCGAAUUACCUGCCUCUUUAUGGUGCUAAAGAGGUAGGAGGAUUGGUGUUUGACAUCGGGAAGAAUAGCAAGCCUCCAAUCACUGGCAUAGAAUUCCAUAGAAUACCCAAUUCUGAUAAGUACAUGAUCAUCGUGACUACUCUUAUGCGCAUUUAUCAAUACAUCGGUGCUAUCAGUAAUCCCGAGGAGAAGCCUCUCUUGCAACAGGUGUUCUACAGAUACCUGAACGCGCAAGAGAGUUUCAGCGAAGUGAUAAGCUCUCUGCCAUAUUCGAAGAUGCAAUUUUACUAUCCAUCUUUGGGCGUUCUACCAAAGUCAUUUGGAUGGCUGACGGAGACUGGCAUCUUGUAUGCCGAGGUGGAUGCGAAACCGGAUUCGACCAACGUGCUAAUCAAUCAGCAGAUGUUGACAUGCCCGGAAACAAGCCUUAUGAGCAGUAACGUCUCGAAAACCACCGCGGCACCGUUGUCCUUCGUAUUAACGGAAUUUCACGCACUGCUGCUGUAUUCGGAUCACGUAAAGGGCAUAUCGCUUCUGAAUCAAGACUUGAUUUUCGAGGAUAUCUACAAUGACGCAGUCGGUAAAUUAAUCGGCAUUACCAAAGACCCUGCGACGAGGUCGAUCUGGGCUUACAGCGAGCGAGCCGUCUUCAAGUACAAAGUAACGAAGGAAGACAGGAACGUUUGGCAGGUAUACGUCGACAAGGGCGAGUUUGAGCUAGCUAGGCAAUAUUGCAAGGAUAAUCCCGCGCAUAUCGAUCACGUUCUGGUGAAGCAGGCCGAAAUGCUCUUCAAGAACAAAGAAUAUGAGAAAAGCGCGUUAAUAUACGCGGACACUCACUCGUCCUUCGAGGAGAUCUCACUAAAGUUCCUGCAGGAAUGGCAGAUCGAAGCUCUGAAAAUGUUCCUGCGCAAGAAACUCGAUGGCUUGAAAAUGCAAGACAAGACGCAGAUAACGAUGAUCGUCAUCUGGGUGACGGAGCUGUUCAUGAACCAAAUGGGAGUCCUUCGCAGCAGCAACAUAUCCUACCUCCAUGAUCCGCAGUACCUAGAACUGCAGAAGCAGUUCGACAGUUUCCUCAGCAUUCCUAAAGUUGAGGAAUGCAUCAGGAGGAACCGCAGCACGAUAUACGAUCUAAUGGCUAGUCACGGCGACAAAGACAAUCUGAUACGUCUGACAAUAAUGCACUGUAACUACGAGGAGGUGAUUCGUCAGCAUUUGUACAAGAAUAAUUACUUGGAGGCGCUCGGAGUACUCAAGAGUCAAAACAAUAAAGAUCUUUUCUACCAAUUCGCUGGGAUCCUGUUGCAGGAGCUGCCGCGGCCCACGGUCGCCGCUUUGAUCUCGCAGGGAUCGUCGCUGAAGCCGGCGAAGCUUUUGCCAGCCUUGGUUUCAUGCAACAGCGACGAGAAGCAUGCAAGGGAAAUCAUAAAGUAUCUGGAGUUCUGCGUGUACAAGCAGGGCUCGCAGGAGCAAGCGAUCCACAACUUUCUUUUGUCUUUGUACGCGCGUUACAAGCAGGACGAAGUGAUGCAAUACAUAAGCUCGCAAGGGCAAGAUAUCAGUAUGGUACAUUACGACGUACAUUACGCGCUACGAUUGUGCCAGGAAGUGGGCUUGACGGAAGCCUGCGUGCAAUUGUCGGCUUUGCUCGGUUUGUGGACCACCGCCGUGGAUCUCGCGCUUACGAUUAGCGUGGAUCUCGCUAAGCAAAUCGCCGCUAUGCCUUCCGACCAUGACGUUGAGCUGAGAAAGAAACUAUGGUUGAAAAUAGCGGAACACGUGGUACGAGAGAAGGACGACAUACAACAAGCAAUGGAAUUUUUGCAGCACUGCGAUUUAGUUAGGAUAGAAGACAUCCUGCCGUUCUUUUCCGACUUCGUCACAAUUGAUCACUUUAAGGAAGCGAUUUGCAAUUCCCUGCAGGAAUAUAACCAGCAUAUUCAGGAUCUUAAAGAAGAAAUGCAGGAAGCUACAAAGUCAGCGGAACUAAUAAGGAAAGACAUUCAAGCCUUCAGAACUAGAUGUACUUUCGUGCACGCGAAGGAUACGUGCAACACAUGCGAGGUACAAUUGCUGUCGAGGCCCUUUUACGUGUUUCCUUGCGGCCAUAAAUUUCACAGCGACUGCUUAGUUGCGGCGUUGACGCCGAUGCUAUCCAUGGACCAAAGAACAAAACUGGCGGACCUUCAGCGGCAACUCACGGCCAUCUCGAAUCGGCCUGAAGACACCAAUUCAGUCACAUCCGUGAGCCUGUCCACGAGGGACCAGAUCAAAGCCGACAUCGACCAGCUAAUCGCUUCGGAAUGCCUCUACUGCGGAGAGCUUAUGAUAGAGUCGAUAGACAAGCCGUUCAUCGAGGAAGAAGAUUACGAACGUGUGAUGAAGGAGUGGACGUGAUGAAGUUUCCGCGAAAAAUGUGAUGGAGCAAAGUGAUAUAUAUAUUUAUAUAAUUUAAAUUUAUAUAUUUUUUUUUAACAGAAAAAUGUUUACGCUCAGAGUGUUGCUUGGCUAUUAUGAUGAUCUUAAAGUAGACUUGUAAGGCUUAGUAUAUUUGCCACAGCUUACUCGAAAAAAUUCCAAAGUAACUUCUCUUGUAUCUAUAGUCGAUUUCUUUUUAAGUGCGUAUUGAGGAAACAUCGUGAAGAAAUACUUUGCAUUCCAGCCUCGAACCCUUUUAGCUUGCAAGAAUGGCUGAAUGUUUAAUUGUUUAUAUUAUAAUCGAAGUCCUAAGGAUAAUUUCGACUUAUUUUAUCGCCAGCUUAAGUCGCACGGCAGACAGAACCCAAUCAUUGUAAUAAAUCGUGCUUUAUAUUUAAA